AUGAGUUUGCAUAUGGUGCGCACUAUGUUUACUGAUAGAGAUGGUCGUGUUAUACUUAACAAGGGCACUUCUAAUGCGGAGGGUCAUCGUGUUAGGCCAAUUGCUUCUGCAAGGGCACAACGACGACGUGUACGGCGGCAACAGGAGGAAUCCCAACCCGAAGCCCAACUUGAAGCCCAACCUGAAGCCCAACCAGCUGAUAUAGAUGAACCUCCACAGGAUGGUGGAUAUCCUGGUGGUCCAGUUGAUAGUUUUGUCCUUAGGACAUUUGGUGAUCAUGUGGCAACUCGACUCUGGGAUGGCGUGGAUCGCGGAGAAUUAAGGGUGUUUAACAAUGGGAAAAAAUUAAAAGAAGAUGUUAUUGAACACGAAGAGGUUGAGCAACUGGUUAAAAGCUCGGGAUUGUAUUCGUUACUAAAAUGCAGCUACGAAAUGAUCGAAAAAGGGAUCAUUUCUACAUUCGUAGAGAGGUGGCAUUGUGACACUAAUAGCUUCCAUCUGUCUGUUGGAGAAAUGACGAUUACUUUGUACGACGUGUUAUCUCUGUUGCAUAUUCCCAUUACCGGUGCAUUCUUCAAUGUUAGUGUAUUUAACAAGGAUGAAGGUGUAGAUAUAUUGGCAGAGCUUCUUGGAGUUAGUCACGGUGUUGCUUAUGUUGAAUUUAAUGUUACGCGGACAGCCAUAAUUAGCGAUAAAAGUGCCUACGCAGUUAGUGUUGCUUAUCUUGAGUGCUUUCGAGACCUUAAUUCUUGCGGGGGAUAUGCAUGGGGUGCAACUGCUCCUGCUUACCUAUAUGACAAUCUUCGAGAAGCCAACAUGCAUCAAACUAGAACUGUUUCAGGGUAUCUGGCACUUUUACAGACAUGGGUCUAUGAGCAUUUUCCUACAUUAUGUAGAGAUUGUUGUAGACUUUCUGCUAGCUAUGUUGAAGACUAUCCUAGAGCACUUAAAUGGAAGCCUAAAAGGGAUAAGGGUUUGGUUCUUCCAUUUAGGAAAGCUCUUGAUGAGAUUGACGUUGAUGACAUCUGUUGGACAUCGUAUGAGGAGCAUCGACUGAAGCGACCUUUUGAAGAUGUAUCUUUAUUUCGAGGGUGGAUACGUUGGAGUCCGAAGAUGUAUGCUCAUCUGCCAGACAAAGUAUUGCGGUAA